AUGGGCGCGUCGCUCUGGCUCCACGGCACCGUCGCCGACCACCACGUCUCGCACGGAGAGGGGGGAGGAGUGUACUUGUCGCCGUGCACAGGCGACUCGUGCGUCGUGCCCGUCGACCACCCCGACCUCGUGCGCGGCGUCGCUGGAGGGGAGGCGCUCGCGUGGAACGAGCGCGCGCAGGCGAUGGAGGUGGCCGCGGAGGCGACCCUCGCCCUCCACCCGUCGGGCUGUCGGCUCGCGGUCGGCAUGUGGCACGCGGGCGCGGCCGCAGGAGUGGCGUACUCGAUCGGCUUCGGGCCGGGGAGGGGGUAG